AUGGUGGGAACAAAACCUCGGUCUCCCAACCAACAGCCUCAAACACAAGUCAAGAAUGGGAAAACGAAAAACAAACCCGACAGCACAACAACAAAUCGUACGAAUUCUACUACAAACAGAAAGAUCAAUCAUCAUCAUGUAAAUAAUUUCAAUCCCGAACAAGCAAAAAAUUCCAACAGCUCCGUUACGCUUAAUCAUACAACAGCAUCAUCAACAGUUUCAAAUGUAGCAUCCAGUGAUGUCAACAUUACACGGAAUCAUCCCUUCUUUGUUCAAGGAAAAGAUGAACCUCUUCUCGCAGAGUCGCUUCCACCUCUGGUGAGAGGGCAAUGUUUGGGAGAAGUUUUUCUUUGCAUUCACGCCAUAAAGUGGGUGACAAACACAUAUCAAAAUUAUUCAAUACAUCCUGUAUGGUGGGGAAGCGAAGAUAGAACAAUUUCCUUGUACCCACCAGUAUUUGAGGAAACCCCACAUAAAGACGAACUUUGUAAAAUUGCAGUGAGAUAUCCUGUAAAAACACCUGAAGACGUAUUUAGGAUGUAUCUAUCUAAUUCCAAGGUUUUACCUCUGGUAAUUGUACAUAAUGAAAAUCAAGUGAUUGCUGAAGCGUCAAUCCCAAUUGUUCAAAUAUCUUCAUCCAAUGCAAUACAAAAAGAAUGGUUUUCUGCGAAAAGAGGUACUGACGUUGUGGCCAACUUGUUAAUCACUCUAGCUCUUGAUUAUUUUGUCCCAAACACGCCUCAAUUAAAAGAUAACACUAAAAGAGCAGUUCACUUUGAAGAAGCGCAAGAUUCACAUCAGCCUGUCCAUCUUCCCAUUCAACCCUCUCUUAGUGAGAAACACUCAACGCAAUCCUUCACCUCCAACCCCUCCCAUGCUCAAUCAACAACAUCUGAAGGGCCCACAAUUCAAAGCGUAGAUCUUCAAAAAAGUUCCAACCUUGACGGGCUUCUCCAACAUGCACAACAACUUUCAAAUGAGGUAAAUCAAUUUCUCACCGAAGGAAAGGUACCUUUUAUUGAUUACAAUGCAUUUCGAGAAAUGAAAGAGUCGACUGACGAGGUACCUUUUUUCCUUAAAGACAAUGAAGAUGAUGACAAUUUCAGCGCUUCGGUAUCCACAAUAUCUCCUAGAGAAAGCUUUGAUAUUGACCCAAAACAAUCUAUGACCUCAGAAAUGCUAGAAAUUGAAAAUUCCUUAAAUCAAUUAUCCCAUUUCAACAAAAAUAUAGUUAACCCCAUACCCUUCUACCCACCAAAUUAUCCAUCCUACCCUUACUUGUUACCUCCACCUAUUCCUCCAUCAUCAACUCAGCCACCAACAAUUCUAAAACCUAAAAGUGAACAAGAAUUUGACUCGACACAAAACUCAGAUGAAUCGCGUGUAAUUACGGAGCCUGUCAAUCUCGAGAAAAAAGAACGAUCUCCUCCUGUUAUUGCACACCUCCAUGCCCAUAUUCAUGUGGAUGACAAAGAAGAACAGAAAAAGCAAAGAUUUGGCCUAAUGCUCCAUAUUAUCUCAGCAAAGCUUACAAAACCAAUAGGAAACAAAGACACCUGUAAAAUUAAGUUAGAUAUCAAGAUGCCAUUUGGUAAACGAGGUAGCAGCGAACAGCAAAUAGUUGUUGUGUACAACCAAGAUAUUCGUGUCAACACGUAUGAAGUGUUUUCAUUUUCUAAUCAAAAAGUGUUUCUUCCAAAGUUUCGGGAUUGCAGUUUAGUUCUUGAAACGUUUGACGACUCAGACAACUUCAUGGGUCUUUCAUUGUUUAGCUUAACAAGCUUCUUUGAGGCUUUUUCAUUUGAACAACCUCCUAAAUAUUUAUUCCCUGACAAAGAAGAUCCAGUGAUAGGGCAUUAUGGUGCCUUCACUAGCACAAACCCAAUUACUGAUGAGGUUGUGCUUGAAAUGAACUGUGUGCUUGCUUUUGGAACAGAAACACAGGUCAAAGGCUUUGUUAACUCACAACGUGCAGCAAUGACCAUUCAAGAUUUUGUAAGAUCGUCACUCUCUAAAUCCAAAGACAAACCAUUUGUUGAAGAACCACCCCAAGACGAAGAGUAUGAAAUUCAACAUGAGAAUAUUUUGAAGCCACUUCCAUUGCUUCACAAAAAAACGAAAACGAGUUCAAAACAAAAUCGAAACGAAGUCAACAUUGAUGACGCGCGUGACGACUACGAGGAUACUGAAAUUGUUUUUGAAGAAGAAAACAACAAGGCAGAAGUUCGUCAUGAGAAUGAUCCACAAAUGCCUUCAGUCCCAAAGUGUAUACCUCUUCCAGUUUUAUCAUCUCUUUGCAUUCGUGUGAACAGAGCGAGUGGCCUUAAGGACGCUGCAAUUACGUGUGGUACUUAUAACUCACACAUGAGAGCAGCAAGUCAAGUGGGAGUAAACCCAUUUGUUGAAUUUGAAGACAUUACAAGCGGAAAAGAAAUUCGAACGCCAGUGCUUGCCUCUACAUUUUGUCCAGUCUGGGAGUACGAGCACGUCUCGGAAUUUUUACUUGACGAAGUCAUGUAUCACAAUAUUAACCAUGGUGAACUAAUAUUUCGCGUUUUUCACAGGAUACCCCAGUCACGAAUUACCAGUAACACUGCAUCCAAUACAGUUGAGCUUGGAAAAGUAAUUGUUCCUCUCAGAACGCUUUUGACUAAUAAGCAAGGAAUAUCUGGGUGGUUUGACGUUUAUUCCCACGACGAAUCUGUGGUUGGUACAAUUGACCUUGAGAUGUUUUUCGAUGAUCAAACGAUAAGAAGCCUAUUUUUGAAGGAAACUUCAAAGAAAGAACCUCUUCGACAGUCAUAUCCGUAUCCAAUCUGUAGAUUCACUCUGAUCAUUGAGGAGACCAAUAUUCCAACUCAGGUGUUAGAAGAAUUAGUACCAUUUUACAUGUUAGAAGAGAAUCAAUCCGUACCAUGCUAUCUAUUUGUAACCUAUCGGUUUUAUGGAGAGAAGAAUUCGACUGAAAGCAGACUUUACAAAACUUCCACAUCUCUCUCCAAGACAAUAAUGCACCAUAGUUGUGAAUUUAAAAAAGUUUUAGAUCCCACCCUUACAAAUUCCAUUGAGCAAGAAAAGCUUGCAAUUCAAGUUUAUUGCUCGAUUGACAAUGGAAGGGAUCAAGACGAGCAAUCCAUAAGGAAAAGGGCAAAGCUCAUUGGAUCUGUAUACAUUGACAUUAGCAAUCUAGUAUCACACUCGAACGGCUCAAAAACUCUGUUUAUCAGCGGUCUGUACAACAUUGUGAACACUGAAUCGGAAAGUCUCAAUCAUGGAAGCAUUAAGAUGAAGGUUAGCAGCGAGCAAAUUAAUUUUGGUGUUGCAGCAAACAACAACACACCUCACCAACAAAAACCUGUAAUUCGAAGCAGUGGAACACAAGCCAAUAUCGAUCUUUCUAUUCAAUCAGAUGAUGACUAUUGUGGCAGUAUCGAUGCUCAUCAAGAUUUGUCAAGCAAGGAACCUGAAAUGACUUUAGAAGAAAAGGAGCUUCAUAUAGCUCAAGAUGACCUUAUAAUCCAACAACCAAAAGUUUGUGGAAGAAAAAGAGUUGCCAUAGAUACAACGUUUUCUCCUAAUCAAUCUCUAAUUUCAAACUUUGAAGAACUACCAUUCGUGAAAUCGUCACCAUUGGUGAUCCAUAGCUCCAACCCACCGCUCAAUUACUUACACAUUUCUAUUGAAGAGGCCAAAUUGACCAAAGUUUAUCAUUUUCAUGGUAUCAAGCCAAGCAAUCCUAGCCCAUAUGUGAAAAUUAUUUCUCCCAACCAAAUGGAUGAGGUACCAGAAAAUAAGGAGUUUGUCACUAGUGCGGUACGAAAUGAAAAUGGCUUGUUACCGUCUUGGCAUGAACACUUUCGAGUGCCUGUUUUCUCUCAAAUUGAGUUUGUGACUAUGCAAGUAUGGUCAAGAAACCAAGAACAGCUUGGUCCAACGUUAGACACUUUGGUAGGAUUUGCAAAGAUAGAUAUCUCAAGCUUGUGGUAUGGUUUGCAAAUAGAUGGCUGGUACAAUAUUGUUGAGGAUGGUGAAAAGUCCAAGAUAGUUGGACAAAUCAAAGUAACCAUCGCUCUUGACACACCAACCAAAGUGUCUUCGCCUCAGAUUCGACAUUCCAGCGACAUGGUGAAAGCAGAAAGAUUCAUGAUGAAAAGUUUUGACAAGCACAUCAUGACCAUUACUGAAAAAUCUCAGCCAACACAAUCUCCAUACGAACAAGCAAAAGAAAACUUCAGUGAUCUCGAAGCUCCAAAUGAUUUGUUUUAUUCAAGUGUAGACUUGGAGAACGAAAAAGCAAAACUUAAAAAUUGCUUGAGUGACCUAGAGAGUAUGAUCAACAAAUAA